GUAAAUAUCUCAAACAUUUCCUCUUUUUGAAAGUGCGUCGCUAAUAUGCCGCUCUACGCAAAGGUUUCUGGCUAAAAUUCAUCUCAUAUCUCUACGUCUACGGUCAUAUGGGCUUCCUCUGAGAGUUUCACAAUGAGGCUGUAUGGAUUGCUGCUGAUCAUUGCCUUGGUUCUGGCUGGCAAUGCUGCUGGUAGUGAAAUUGAAGGAUUUUGCUCUGACUCUGACCAGCUCUGCUAUGCUGAGAUGAAUGAACAUGAUGUUAUAUUGUUUGAGAAUGGCAAUAUGAUGGAAAAUACCUCUGAAAAUUCAAAUCUCCUUGCCAGUCUUCAGGAUUUUUCCUGGAGCAACAUAUCCUGCUUCAUCUAUAAGACAAGUCUAUUGAACUGCUCCUGGAGCACGCACAUGCUUCCUGCAGAUGCACAAUAUUCUGCUUUUAUUCAUUUUUGUAACAAUGAGUUACAGGACUCACCCUUCCAUUUAAAUUGCUCUUCAAAUCAUGAAAUGGAAAGAGUUGAGUGCCUAGGGAGAAUUAAAUCAGCGCUCUAUGUGACGGUGCAAGUCAAUAUCUCCAUACCGAGCCAUUGGUACAUCACUUGCAAGACAUUCGCAGAAGAAGACAUUGAGAUCUUGGAUCCCCCUGAAAUCACAUCUGCCACAAUAAAAUCAAAAGAUUUGGAAAUAAAUUGGUCGCUGCCAAAAAGUAUUAAUUCUGUAGAUAGUCACUGUUUUGAGUAUGAGUUAAAGAUCAACGAUGAGACUGUCACUAUACCAACGCAGUCCCAUAACAAUUUGACAUAUACUAAAAAAAACAUUGAUCUGGCAAGAAGCUACAGCAUUCAAAUAAGAACAAAAAUGGUUUAUUGUGUCUCUGAUGGAGACUGGAGUGAUUGGAGUGAAAGCAAAGUGGUCAGCCCAACUGAAAACCCUUACCAACUCAAUGUCUACGUGAUUGCGUCCAUUGCGUUUGUGCUUCCCAUGAUUCUGUUAGCUUUUCUUCUGGUCUGCAAGUUCCAAAGGCUGUCUGAAAAGCUGUUCCCCUCCAUCCCAAGCCCGUCCAUCAAAGUCAAAACACUUCUUGAGAAAGAGGAUUUCGGGCUGGUCAUGCCACCAAAACCGUGUGGACCAGAGGCUGAAGAAGGGACAGAAAUCUUUCAAGUGACAAGUUAAAGAUGCAAAAAGGUCUUCUGAGGCAGCAUGGAGAGAAAGUUUGGGGAAGAGGACUGAUGUCUGCUCAACUGAUUCCUCUUUUUCAAAGCUGAACUGCUGAAACUGCAUAGAACAACAGAACUUUCCAUAGCUUGAAAGCAACAUGCUUGUUGACGACUACGCUGAUAACAGGGCCUGGUGCUUUGGGGAAGGGCUGUGCGAGAGCAGAAAUGUGGUUUUGGCUUUGGCUUCCCAAAGGGGAGGGGCUGUGUGCUAACAUCUCUCUUAUCUUUUUUUCUUCAAAACACUUUGAACUAAAGCGCUGAUGUUAAGUCAAGAGGUCACACAGGACUUUCAUAGUUCACUUUUUGACUGCAUGUUAAAAGGCCCAUGCAUUGUAUAAUCAUUUCUAUAUUAUUGUGAGUUUUAUGCACCAAAACAGCCAUAAUUCCUUUUUACAGAACCAUUUUCCAGCCUCUCUUUAUCCUCUAGCACCAUGCUGGCAGUUUCUGCUACCAUGCCUGUAUGAUUGGUGUACACUUGUUUGCAAAAGGUUGGGUACCCCAGUCAAAUGACAGGCCUAGUUGAUUUUCUUAAAGGGCAACAGAUUUUACUAAAUUACUCAAUCAUGUGAACAAAAUCAUUCAGAGUGGUUUGGGGUGAAAUGCGCCUUUACAAACAUUAUCAAGUCAGAAUUGUUCACCAUUAUAAUACUAGGAACCAGAUGUCUGAAGCAUUUCAUGGUUCUAAAACCUUCAUCCUGUUAUUACACAAAAUGAAUGCGUUGCACGAAACGUGAGACAUUGUUUUGUGAUAGUUUUGGUCCAAAAUGUAUUUUUAGUAUAAACGAUACUCCAGGAUUACUCCUGUGUGUCCUGUGACAACCGUAUUUUCAAGUGAGAUCAAUGCUUAACCUAACAUGCUUUUGUAGCUACAGCUGUUCAACAUGGCUAAUGCCAGCAGCAGUUGGUGUUUACAGUUUAUUUUGGUAAUGGUAAACAAUUCUGAAAAUUCUCUAGAAAGGCACCUUUCAGACCGAAUCACUCUGAAUGAUUUUGUUUACAUCUAAAUGUUAAACGAUUAAUUCAUUUGGAAAAAUAGAUGCAUCCACUACAGAUAAUGCAUUUCUGCACAGUUUAAAGCACAUUUAAAUACAUGUUUAUUUGCUGAAUUGAACAUACUGGGGAAAAAAUAUUGUUAUUUUUUUCCCAAUAUGUUAAACAAACCAUGCACUAAAAACUUGCAGAAAAAAUUACAAUUUUAAUUUUGUUCCAGGUAGUUGUUGUUAAACUUUUGCAUAUGGCUAUAUGUAAAAGAGCUCAGUUCUGAUUGGAUGCUCUAUAAUGUGCUUCAUUCAAAAAGCAACCCGAGCUGAAACACUCCUUAUAACCUACAGUAUGAGUGUGCAGGGCUUAACCGCAGUAGACUGAAUUGGUGGAUAUAUGUAAAUGUCUUGUAAAAGUUUAGGAUGUCCAGAAUGAUGAACCGAGCUUAGAAUAAAAAUAAAAUAUUCAGAAUGUCUCAUAUGUGAGUAUUGGUGAUUGUAGUGGUUGACCAAAACAUUACUGUAAGUACUAGACAAUUACAUGAUGGAAUUUACAGAAAGAAUAACUCAUUGAAAUAUUGAAUAAGACAUACAUCAUACAUUUUGGUUUCUAUAAGAUUUACAUCUAAAUUGUAUGUUAUUAUUGUCUAGAGUUAUUCCACACUUUGAGAAGUUGUUACCAUGUAUUCCAGUAGAUCAUAAAUCUAUGCACGUAUAUCUGUGUGUGUGUUUGUGUGUUUGUGUGUGCGUCUGUGUGUGUGUGCGUGUGUGUGUGUGCUCAUGCAUGUGUGCGUGUUUUUUCAGGUUUUUUCCUUUGCUUUUGUGCUUGAAUGCACUUGCUCACAGUGAUAUUUAUCAACUGUAUAAAACAGCAACAGUAUUAUAGAUGCAUUGUUGGUCUGAACGUAAUACCAGCUAUUUAUUCUCUGUAAGCUCGUGACAAAGAGAGUACAUAUCCUUCUGUCUUAGUCAGUAGAGCAUUUCAAAUGGGUACUUUCCACUGAAUGUGCCUUGGAACCUGCAGAAUGGCUGCUUUUAAUACCUAAAUGUCAUUUCUCAUGAUUUCAAGCUUAAAUAAAGGUUUAUUAAGGGUUCUGUAUGCCUGUAUGCCUUUAAGCCUUGCUAAUAAAACAUUGUAUAUUCAUAAAA